AUGUACGUGUUUGGUGUUCAACACCUCAUAGCACCGCAACUAAUCAACCCUGGCAACUUAAGGAUCACCCGGCAGGACCAUUCACUCAGAGCCUUAACCGCUGUCUGGCUUCUUCCAGCUGUUACACCCAUUGUCCCUGCAACUACUGGAGCCCUCCUUGCUCGCACAAUACUUCCAUUUUCGUCUUCUCAUGCAACAAUAACACUUUUUGUUGCCUCGGUUUUACUAUUUCUUGGUCUAGGACUUACAUUUAUGAUACUACCACUCUACAUGCUGCGCCUAAUCACGGAGGGCCUGCCAUCCCCUACUAUGAUUGUAUCUAAGUUUCUUCCUGUUGGACCGUGUGGUCAGGGUGGGAUGGCCUUUGUUGUCAUUGGCCAAGUGUUUGCUGAGAUGUCUCAACAAGCAACAGGUUCGAACCCCCUUCUUGCUGAGCCCCAGCCGUGGAUUAUACUUGGGGUUCUAGGCGGAUUCUUUCUUUGGACGUUCGGUAUCUGGUGGAUUCUCCUAUCCCUUUUGGCAAUAUACGAGACCUUCAAAUCUCAGCGGCCAAAUUUUGGGGUCGGGUUCUGGGGCAUGGUGUUCCCACUGGGGGUUUAUGCAUUACUUACUUGGCAACUCGCCGAAGCAUUGAACUCUACAUUUUUCCGCAUUUUAUUUGCGGUACUUAGUCUCGUGGUCUUCCUUCUUUGGGCCGCAUUGGCCAUUAUCACCAUCUACUGUAUCUUCCAAGAUUGCGAAGCGCUAUUUACUGCACCUUGUCUUGCUAGUUGUCCAAACUUUGAAGCGACCUUGGAUAGGUCACGCAGGAAUAGUCAGGAACAUUCGGGAGAUGAAAACUGCUGA